GUUUCUAUCGGAACGAGAAGCAGAAGCUGUCGCACACGCCGAAUUAUGUUCUCCUGACGCGGUGCCGUCCCCUUGGGUCGCAUUACCGCGUGUUUCGUGUCACGACAGUUCGUGUUACCGAGCUCCGUCCGUUGUCGGGAUGCGUGAGUGAAACCGAUUCGGAUUCUUCGGCAAAAGAAUUGCGGCGGCGUUUCGUUUCGCUGAACGCCGGGAACUUCUCGAGCGAAGAAAUACGUUACGGCGAGCAUCUUGCCGUCUUCGCGCAUCUUGCCGUUGAGUUCAUUGACACUGUACGACUCCGAUGUCUGCGAAGACCUGUUCUCGCGCGUAUAUAUCCGCGUUGUCCACUUAGGCGUCUACUUUCGCUUCGGCGCGGGUACUUUUCGUAGAAAAAAUAUUUACAAUCGAUCAUGGAUGACGUGCCGAGGUUUACGGUAGCGGACUACAGCGUGAUGUGCCUGAUGCUGUGCGUGUCUUCGGGCAUCGGCAUCUACUUCGCCUGGCGAGACCGACGCGAUGUGUCGAACAAGUCGUUUCUCAUGGGCAACCGGGAGUUGGGAGUGUUUCCCGUGGCCAUGUCAUUGAUGGCCAGCUUCCAAUCGGCGACCACGGUGCUUGGCUAUCCCGCCGAAAUGUACUACAAGGGGACCCAGUUUUGGGUGGCCAUCUUCGGACUGGCCAUCUCCAACGUGAUUGCCGCCGAGCUAUUCCUGCCUGUGCUGUACAAUCUCCAUAUGACCAGCGUCAACUCGUACCUGGAGCGGCGCUUUUGCUCGGGAGCUGUGAGGACGUUAGGGUCACUAUCCUUUAUAACAAAUACGUUAUUAUACAUGGGAGUCGUUCUAUACGGGCCAUCAGUCGCGUUAGAAUCAGUGACUGGCCUUCCUGUCUGGGCAUCUAUUCUAUUCAUCGGAUUGAUAUGCACUUUUUAUACUGUGCUGGGUGGCAUGAAGGCGGUCGUGUGGACGGACGCCUUUCAGAUGACCGUCAUGGUUCUGGGACUGGCCUUUGUCGUGGUUCUGGGCGUUAUCAAGGUUGGAAGCAUUGAGAAGGUGUGGACGACAGCUGAGGAAGGCGGCCGCAUACAAUUUCUAAAUACGCAGUUGGACACCCAGUCGUCGGUGUCGCUGUGGAACGUGCUGCUGGGGACCACGUUCAUCUGGCUCGCCUCGUACGGCACCAGUCAGACGCAGGUGCAGCGCUUCUGCAGCGUAUCCACCCUCAGGCAAGCCAAGACAGCUCUGUACAUAAAUAUUCCCGGCGUGAUGAUGAACAUCAGCCUGGGUUGCGUCGCCGGCCUCGUGAUCUAUGCAAACUAUCCAAACUGUGAUCCCCUCAAGUCCGGCAAGAUAUCCAAACAGGACCAGCUCAUCCCGUUCUUCGUUAUGAAAACGCUCAGUGUACUGCCAGGCCUUCCCGGCCUCUUCGUGGCUUGCGUAUUCAGCGGAGCGCUAAGUACGCUGUCAUCGGGCUUCAAUUCGCUGGCGGCGGUCACGUGGGAAGACUUCAUAAAGAAGUGGUGGCGCACCAGUGAGAAGAAAGCGGCCUACGUCACCAAGGCCGUCGCUUCUGCUUACGGGCUUCUCACAAUCGGGCUGGCGUUCCUGGCUGGAAGCAUUGGCUCUAUACUCAAGGCUGCCUUCGCUAUGUCUGGCGCCCUGUCGGGACCGCUCCUGGGUGUCUUCCUGCUUGGUAUGGUGCUGCCUUCCUGCAAUGGGAAAGGUGCCCUGUGUGGCCUGGUGCUCGGUCAGGUGAUCUGCUUGUGGGUGGUCGUGGGCUCGCUGUCCAGCGUUCCCUUGAAUGAGGACCUGCCCACGUCGACGUCUGGCUGCGUGCGACACGACAACACUACGAUGCACGACUACUUCAGCGACAAGGCUGCCGUGGACAGCAUCCCCUCGGAUCACCCAAAGGGUAUCCAGCUGUUGUACCGGCUGUCGCAUCUCUUGGUGCCCGUGCUGGGUUUCGUGGUGACCGUCUUCACGAGCACCGUCGUCAGCCUUUUCACAGGAAUGAAUGAGGGAAAAAUGCAGGACCCGGAGCUUUUCACACGAUGCGUCGCCAAACGCUUUAUCCCGCCAGAUGACAAAGAAGCCGGAAAGUCCAUGGUCGCCGUUGACGGCCGCAACGAUCCCAGCAACCGGGACCAACCAGAAGGUCGGCACUCACGUGUGGCAUCAGCGAUGGACGGCACGCCCAAGUUCGGAGGGGUCGACUAUGCCGUGUUGGCCGCGAUGUUGUCCGUAUCGUCGGGCAUCGGAGUGUACUUCGCGUGGCGUGACCGACGCGAUCAGUCGAACCAGUCUUUCCUGAUGGGCAACCGGCAACUGGGUUUCGUGCCCGUGUCACUGUCCAUGAUGGCCAGCCUACAGUCGGCGACCACGGUGCUCGGCUACCCCGCCGAGAUGUACUACCGGGGCACGCAGUUCUGGGUAGCCAUCUUCGGUCUGGCCAUCUCCAACGUCAUAGCGGCUGAGGUCUUUCUACCCGUGUUCUACGGACUACAGCUGACCAGCGUCAACUCGUAUUUGGAGAGGAGGUUCGACUCGACUGCAGUGCGGCUGCUCGGUUCGCUGUCAUUCAUCGUGAACACGAUGCUAUAUAUGGGAGUAGUGCUGUAUGGACCGUCGUUGGCCUUGGAGUCAGUGACCGGCUUUCCUGUGUGGUCGUCAAUCGUGGUCAUCGGUUUGAUCUGCACGUUCUAUACAGCGCUGGGUGGCAUGAAGGCUGUGGUGUGGACUGACGCAUUCCAGAUGACCGUCAUGCUGCUAGGCAUGCUGAGCGUCGUCGUGUGGGGUACCACGAAAUUUGGUGGUUUCGGCGACGUCUGGGCAACGGCUGUCAACGGAGGUCGCGUGCAGUUCUUCAACACGCAGCUGGACGUCCAGCAUUCGGGCUCCCUGUGGACCGUGUUGUUCGGCACCACUUUCGUCUGGCUCGCCUCGUACGGCACCAGCCAGACGCAGGUACAGCGCUUCUGCAGCGUCUCAAGUCUCAAGAAAGCCAAGGCGGCUGUAUACAUAAACAUUCCGGGUGUCAUGAUUAACAUCAGCUUAAGUUGCCUGGCGGGCUUGGUGAUCUAUGCACACUACGUCGACUGUGACCCCCUUAAGGAAGGCAAGAUAUCCAACCCUGACCAGCUGGUGCCCUACUUCGUGAUGGAGACUAUGAACGGGGUGCCCGGUCUCCCUGGUCUGUUCGUGGCGUGCGUCUUCAGCAGCGCUCUCAGCACGCUGUCUUCGGGUUUCAACUCGCUGGCAGCCGUCACGUGGGAGGACUUUCUCGUUCGCCACCUCAGCCUCACCUCUCGACAGGAGGCGUACGUCACCAAGCUCUCAGCUGCCACCUACGGAUUGCUGACCAUUGGACUGGCCUUUGUCGCCGGCUCGGUGGGAUCCAUCCUGAAAGCAGCCUUCGCAAUGUCCGGUGCUCUGUCGGGCCCUCUACUCGGAGUCUUCACUAUGGGACUGCUACUUCCGUUAAGCAAUAAGAAGGGCGCUCUGGUUGGCCUGAUGUUGGGCGAGGCCAUGUGCUUGUGGGUGGUGGUAGGGUCUCUGCUCUACGGUUCGCCUAGCGAGGAUCUUCCAACUUCCGUCGAAGGGUGUGAAGGAGCGGCGACGCUUCCAGUCCUCGGCGGUCAUUUCAACGCGACAAUGCACCGGUCGCCAGAGGAGCCGCAGGGACUUCUCAAGCUGUACCAGCUGUCAUAUUUAUUCGUUCCUGUGCUAGGGUUCUGCGUCACUAUGACAACGGGCAUCAUUAUCAGCAUUUUCACAGGCGGUAACGGACGUACGAAAGACUCCGACCUCUACGUUAAAUGCGUCGCUAAACGAAUGAUGGACCGGGAGGAACAAGCACAACAAUUGGAUGACCUGAAGGUGAUACCCCAGCAACAAGGCGACGUGGCAUAAAGGCUGGCACCAGCGCAAGCAAUCGACCGCAGGGCAGACUGAACGGCCGCUCCUGGGAAGUGCAUAUAAUUCAAUUUCCAGCACACACACGCCGAUGCAACAUCCAACGCGGGCUUCGUACAGCGGCUUGCAUUCGCAUCAUACAAGUUCCGUGACCGACGGCAUUACGCUCUUGUGAAAGUUCGACUACUCGAGGACAAAGCCAAUUUGUACAUAUGAGCUAUA